UCUUUGAUGUGGGGGCUGGCGGUGUUGUCCUGCUCUGUCUUUCAGAGGACAUCGUCGUCACCAUCAUCAUCAUCAUCAGUAGUCCUCCUCCACGCGCACUACUUUGUCUUCUUCCGGUGAGGACAAAAGCGGACAUUAGUGUAGUUCUACUUAGUUGCUGGAGUUGCUUGCUGUCUUCGUGGACAUGCCUCAACAUGGGGGGGACGACCUGGGCGCCACCGACGAGAUGAUCGCCUUCAAAGACGAAGGCGAGCAGGAGGAGAAGAUCCAGGAGAGCGCCUUCACCGAGAGAGACCUGGCCGACCUCAAGUCUUCUCUGGUCAACGAGUCCGAGAUCCACCAGAACCCUGCUGGCGCCUCGGCGCUCCGGCGAGGACAGCCCGCCGAGCAGAGGAACUUCAACAAACAACUCGACGGCGCAUCAAAGCAGCAAGAUGGCGGCGUGUACAAGACGCCGAGCUAUCCCGGCUACCCCUUCCUGAUGCUGCCGGACCCCUACCUCCCUAACGGCUCUGUUUCGCCCACAUCCAACAAAGUGUCAGUGGUGCAGCCGUCCCACGGGAUGCACCCGCUCACGUCGCUGCUGCCCUACAGCAACGAGCACUUCAGCCCCAGCCCGCCGCACCUGCCCACCGACAUGAGCCAGAAGACAGGCGUCCACAGGCACCAGUCCCAGGACCUUUCAGGAUACUACUCGCUCCCCGCAGGCGGCGUUGGCCAGAUUGCUCCGUCCAUGGGCUGGCAGAACCAGGCGGUCUACCCUACACUGUCCUCCUGUGGCUUUCGGCAGUCCUUCCCUUCCAACCUUCCCACUGCCUCCUCCUACUCCAGGUUCUCUCAUUCCCUCAUGCUGGGCCCGUCAGGCAUGCACCCCACGGGGAUCCCCCACCCCGCCAUAGUGCCCCCCUCAGGCAAGCAGGAGCACGAUCAGUACGACAGAAGCAUGUACGCGAAGCCUCAGGUGGAGGCCAAGCGGGAGAAGGAGCCCAAGAAGCCGGUCAUCAAGAAGCCUCUCAACGCCUUCAUGCUCUACAUGAAGGAGAUGAGGGCAAAGGUCAUUGCCGAGUGCACGCUCAAGGAGAGCGCCGCCAUCAACCAGAUACUUGGACGCAGGUGGCACGCGUUGACCCGGGAGGAGCAGGCCAAGUACUACGAGUUGGCCCGUAAGGAGAGACAGCUCCACAUGCAGCUCUACCCCACCUGGUCCGCCCGAGACAACUACGAGGCGGGCCUUAGCGGGGUCCAGAGUAAAGCUGAUUGGGGGAAGAAGAAGCGAAGGAAACGGGACAAGCAGCAGGACGCCAACUCAGAGCCUGCUUCUCCUAAGAAAUGUCGAGCUCGCUUUGGCCUCCACCAACAAACAGACUGGUGUGGUCCUUGCAGGAGGAAGAAGAAGUGCAUUCGCUUCCUUGAAGGAGGUCGCUGCUCCACUUCAUCUUGUUCACAUCUAAGUGCGUCAGACUCUCCCCCCUCCCCCACACCAGCACACCCUUACCGCAGCCAACGGCGCCCCCUAUCGCCAACGCCGCCACCGCCCCGACUCCCCCCUCCCCCUAAACGUGCCCAGCCGGACCAGUCGGGUCUGUCGGUCAAAGUUGCGACUUGAAGUCGGUGACCUUGGCUCACCUUCAUGUGGCAGUGAUGGCGUUUCCAUGGCAGCGUCCACAAAACAAACGAGAUUUGCUUGAACACUUUUUACUCCAUUUUACAAAUACAGUAGAUCCCCGCGACUCGCAGGGUUUACCUUCCAGGACCACCGGCAAAUGCCCCCACAAAAACGCGGGUAAUUGAUCGUCCCACAAACAACACACGGCUCGCUCCUCCCCCUCCAAAGCCUCCUGCUGGCUUGACGUCGACGUUCUCCCGUUUCGGCCCAACAUUUGCAAGAAAAGUGAGUGUUGUAACCCUCUCCUUCUCUCUUCCAUUGCCAUUGUCCACUCGUGGCACAGUCCAGGUUCCAGGCCUUAGCAGUAUCAAAUGUGUAGCUCCUCACCACUAAUCAAUGAUCGUGUAAGAUCGCGGUGUAGAAGGUAUGUACAAUAUAUACAGCAACUGUGGUGCGUUCAAAGACCGUGCAGCGCAAAGACGUACAUAUGCUGUACAAUUAUUUGACUUGUAUUAUCACAUAUUUAUAAAUUAUUAGCGGCUUAUGGUGAAUGAGAUGUGUUUUUCUGCCAAAUUUGCGGGGCCGUGCUGCCAUGCUGAAUGGCAAACGAGCGGGGAUCCACUGUACAUCAACAUUUCACAUCCCUUUCGUCCACAAGCAAGCUACUUUUUUAGGUCAGUAGAAAAGCACUUUUUGGGACGCCUUUCAACCUCAUUUGAAAUGAUUUCUAUGUCAUUCGUUCUAAAUAGAAUGUUCCAUUUUCAUCGUCGUCCAGUUAAAAACACAAAUCUCCUAAAUGUGUCUGCUUUUUUUGUCUAUUUUUGUGUUCUUGUGAGAAAAAAAACCUCAAGCACAUGGAAUUUUUUCUUUCUUUGGUUUAGUUUGUAGUCCUGUAAUAAUUACAUUUUAAUAAUGAGUAAUAUCUGCGUGUGAUAAGUCCACGUUACUGUUCCUCAUGCUGAUUCUGAUUGGCUAGAAAGGCUGUCAGGUGCUGUGGUGCCCCCUAGUGCUUCAGCAUGCGCUUGACAGUCAGAAUUAAAAAAAAAAAAAUUUUAGUAGGCCAUUAAAAAGGUACUUGUGUAUGCGUGGAUGUUGCACCUGCAUGACAAUCGCCUGUAUGACACAAUUCAUCCUGCUGGGACCAGCUCAGCCUUUAUUUUGGCCACCUUCACUCUGUUUUAUUGUAUUUUGUGUAUAUUUUCAAGGUCACCUGAGAGGGAUUUUAGUUUCUUUUCAUAUUUUAUGUACUUUUUUUUUUUUUUUUUUUUUACUGAAGAUGUUGCAGCUCUGUAAACAAUCUUGAGACCAAAUGGGUACUAUUCUGUUAUAAUUCCUUGUAAUGUUUUGAUAUAAAUUGACUUAAUUACAAUGAACUUUUGUGUUUAAAAAAAGAAAAUAGCUACAAAAUAUACUUUUAUAGACUCCACCAUUGCAAUACUUUGUGUUCGUUGGAUGUUUUGGUUAAAAUUUGGUUGAAAGGUCAAGUUCUCCUUUGUAAGCUAUUCCUUGUUCGUCCAGCAGAGGGCGAUGUUGGCCUGCAAGCUGACUGUUUUUCCAACAUUUUUUCAUGUAUUAAAUUUGCUAAAACAUUCAUAAUGUGUAUGCAUGUGUAUUCAAAUGGAGCAAAAAACGCAACUCGUUUUUUACGACAUUUUAUUUUCUCUUUCCCAAAGUCAACAAGAGAUGUGAAAUAUUUUUCUUUUUCCCUCCGAGGUGACGUCAGUUAGGAAUGAAGCGAGCCAAUGUGGCAACCACCUCAACACAACAGAAAAUAUUAAAAUUCCAUCUAACAUUGUCCAAACCAAGACAAACAGUAAAAAAAAAAAAAAGAAAAAAAGAAAGAAACUCCUACUUGGGGAAAAUUGAGAGCAAAUGUGGAGGAAAAAAAAAAUCUGAUUUGUAAAAUGCAGACGACACAACGUGUGUGCAAACAGGAGUAGGACUUCCUUCUUUAAAUAAUGACAAGUCUGCUCGUUUUCUACACAGGUGGGGGUCGCUUGGGGGGGGAACAAGGUGGUGUUUGGAAGUUGUAGUAAAUAUGAACAAG